GCCCGGCUGCCCCUCAAAUCCCUAAAAUCAGUCGUCGUCGUCGCCGCCGCCGCCCCAACGCUUUCCCUACGAAUCACGCCGCCGCAGCCGAGUACACAGCCGGCCGACAUCACACCAGCGAGUACCGCCGCGAACCACUCUCACAAGUGUGACUUCCGCCAUGGGGAAAAUGACGAAGUUGGGUGCCGUAGCCCCUCUGAAGAAACGAAGCAACAAAGAGCGAAUAGCGUCAAAUUCAGCUCAAAUCGCGGCGAUGUGGAAGAAAUUUGAGGAGACCGAGCGGGUGUUGGAAGCCUUUUCCCGAAGCCAGGGAUACACGUGCCCAUUGGGGCCCUUCAUGGGAGCGCUUCCUCCGUUACCGGCGGCCCCUAUAGUGGACGUAGACAGGGCGAUCGCCGAAACAGACAUGGCAAUGGCCGAACUGCAGAGGGCAAUGAAACACACGGAGAAGAGGGUGAUAGUCAUGUGCCGCAGCCUCGGGUUAGCAUUCCCAAUUGGGGCUUCUUCCAGGCGCAUGCAUCAACCCUAAGGCAGAGGAGUCAUCCGCCGAUCCCACACCUUAGUUUCUGUGCUAAGGUACUCUUCUUCCACUUUGAGCGUAAGUGCUGUAGUAGAUGAUUUAAGAUUUGAAUGUGAUUGUUUUGUAGAUUUAGGGGGUGAAUGGAUUUGGAGAUAUUUGCAUAAAUGGUGAGAUUGAAUUGGGAGUUUUGGAAUUAAACCUAAAGAGAGAGUUGAUCGUGGUCAAAUUGGCGGGUUGUGUGAGGUAUUGAGCCGAAAGCUGAUGAUUUCUUCUUGUGGGAUGUCUUUUACUUGCUUGUAAGUUGUAAAGUCUAGAACUUGCAUGACACCAUGUUGAGAUUGAAUUGCUCACGCACCACUAACUUAACAGAAAAUAGACAAUUAGGAUAAUCUUCUAGCAGAGUAUGAUCUACCUUUUCUAAUUUACCCAUAGAUUAUCCCAAAUGAAACAUUUUCUUCGACAUUCAGCCACAUGGACCUGACCUAUUUCUUGUUUGUUGACCCUUUUGAAACAAUGAGAAUGUAGCAUUAAGACGAUUGUUAGGUUGCUCGUGCAUCAUAGUUGGUUGGUUCAUUUGCUGUGCUUCUUAAGGUUUGUUGAAAUGAUGAUGAUGAUGAUAGUAAUGAAAGAAGUCAACUAUCGUGUGAUGCCUACUUGCAGUUAUGCCCUCCUCCAAUGGCACCCAUGUAUAUGGAAGCGAGCGGUGGAUCGAGAGAGAGUAGUGUGAUUUUGAGUUAGAUUAUCAUUUUCCAGACCAGGUAGUUAUUUCGAUUUGUCACACUGAUAGUGAAUCAAUUUAGCGGGCUAGCACCAUAGCACAUUAUGCUUCUCGAGUAAGAUAGUUAUCUCAUGAGUGAUAGUCACCUACUAGAGGGCAUAUGUAUUCAAGUUGGAAGUUUUGCUGCUUUUUAUCUGAGGUAAGUGGUAUCAUCUCAAACCAUUACCAUGACAAAAAAGAGUCUGCUCUUGUCAUUUUGCAAGGAAAGCGUGCUAUGUGUACAGCAAGCUUGAAAAGUAAUGUAUGGUAUGUGUACUGUAAGCUUGAAAAGAAAACAUAGGGACAAGAUAAUAAAUAAAUGUAAGCAAAAUAA